AGAGAGAGAGAGAGAGAGAGAGAGAGAGAGAGAGAGAGAGAGAGAUGAGUACGAAGAACUCAUCAUUUAAGAUAAUCUUGGGUUCGUCAUCGAUGGCUCGUCGUCAAAUUCUUGCCGAGAUGGGAUAUGAGUUCACAAUCUUGACUGCAGACAUUGACGAGAAAAGUAUUAGGAAGGAAAAGGCGGAGGAACUAGUAAUGGCUCUAGCGGAGGCAAAGGCCGAUGCCAUCAUAUCAAGGCUCAAAAUUAUGGAUCAUAUGGAGGAGAAUGCUGAAUCCACACUUUUAAUUACUGCAGACACAGUAGUGGAUUAUGAUGGGACAAUCAGAGAAAAACCAUCCAGCAAGGAAGAAGCACGCCAGUUUAUCAAAGGCUAUUCUGGUGGUCAUGUCUCAGUUGUGGGAUCUGUAAUAGUGAGCAACCUUACAACGGGUGGCAGAAAAGGAGGAUGGGACAAGGCAGAGGUCUAUUUCCACGAUAUUCCAGAUGAGGUCAUUGAUAGCCUGGUUGAGGAGGAAAUUAUGCUCAAUGUCGCUGGGGGUUUGAUGCUUGAACAUCCGCUGACAUUGCCCUUCAUUGACACUGUGGUAGGAACUGCUGAUAGUGUUAUGGGACUUCCUAAAGCUCUCACGGAGAAUCUGAUUCAGGAAGCCCUCUUGCUGCUUUAGUUGCACUAGUACUAUAUUGGCGCCACAUACAUAUACAGCAGUUUAGUCUAUAAGCUCCUGAAUACUUUUGCAUUUGGGGUUUGCGGUCUUGGCUCAAUUUUUACCUCUCUGCCACUAAUCAAAUAUACCUGCUUUACUUCAAUUUGCUACGCAUUCCUACUCACUUUAUUUUUUAUAUAUGUGAUAGAUAUGAACCAAUACAAUAUGAUUAGUGUGCGUGCUAGAUCUUGCACAAUAUAAACACGAGAACAGAUCU